GGAACCUUGGAGAAGACAAAUUCAAUUGGGUCAAACAAUUUUCCGCGGUGGGUACAAAUGAAAACCCUUAUCUCUUCUUUAAUGGCAGAAAAGAGGGAUUCCCAUCUUUUCUUUUGAUUCUUCAGUCUGGUAAAUUUACGUAUACUGCUAUUAUUUAUGCAACUGAGUUCAGCCAUAAUCGCUCCUUCUCACCUUCCCACCAGCAUGACAUGUCUCCCUAUUCAGCCUUUUCCACGUGCUUCUUCCAGUGUCAGCUUUGGCGUUACAAGAGUCUUCGCAAGCUGUUUUACUAGAAGAAGUUCCCAUUGCUUUUCAAUACACACACACCUCUUGUUUCCUUGCUCUCGCCGCCUCUUAUCUUCUCUUUUUUGCCGUGCAAUUGUGUCAUCAAUGGAGGAGCAAGAAAAGGGAAUAUUGUUUGAUGAACAGCAAGCUGCUCUGCUGGUUAGGGAGCUUAAGGAGAGCUUUAAUUCAGGCAAGACGAAGAGCUACAAAUGGAGAAUAUCACAAUUGAAGAGUAUAGCCAAGAUGGUUGAUGAACAAGAGAGCCAAAUCCUUGAUGCUCUUCAUCAGGACCUGUCCAAGCCCCAAUUUGAAGCUUUUAUCUCCGAGAUUUCAAUGAUAAAGUCCUCUUGUAAAUUGGCGCUUAAAGAAUUAAAUCAUUGGAUGAUGCCAGAGAAGGCCAAGACUUCAAUAGCAACGCAUCCAUCAUCUGCAGAAGUUGUAUCUGAACCUCUAGGGGUUGUAUUGAUCAUUUCAACGUGGAACUAUCCUUUUUCGUUAUCUCUUGAGCCAGUUAUUGGAGCUAUUGCUGCCGGUAAUGCUGUGGUACUAAAACCAUCAGAAAUUGCUCCAGUGACAUCUUCAUUGCUUGCGAAAUUGCUAGAGGAAUAUCUGGACAACUCUGUUGUAAAAGUUAUAGAGGGGGCUGUUGUUGAAACAGCUGCAUUGUUGGAGCAGAAAUGGGAUAAGAUAUUCUACACAGGGAGUGCCAGAGUUGGACGUAUUGUGAUGGCUGCCGCUGCAAAACACCUUACACCUGUUGUUCUUGAACUUGGGGGAAAGUGUCCAGUAGUCGUGGACUCAGAUGUCGACUUACAAAUCACUGUAAGGAGGAUAAUAGUUGGGAAGUGGGGAUCCAAUAAUGGACAAGCUUGCAUUGCUCCAGAUUAUAUUAUUACUCAGAAAGAUUUUGUUCCAAAGUUGAUAGAUGCUCUAAAAUAUGGAUUGGAUGAACUCUUCGGAAAGGAUCAUAUGGAAUCGAAAGACCUGUCUCGCAUUGUGAACUCAUAUCACUUCACCCGCUUGAUAAAUAUCUUAGACGAGGAUAAGGUCUGUGAUAAGGUUGUCCUUGGAGGCCAAAGAGAUGAGAACCAACUGAAGAUUGCUCCGACCAUCCUGUUAAAUGCCCCUGAUGAUUCUCUUAUAAUGAAGGAGGAAAUAUUUGGGCCAUUACUUCCCAUUGUAACUGUUGAAAAUUUAAAGGAUAGCUUUGAUGUGAUAAACUCAAAACCGAAACCAUUGGCUGCAUAUCUCUUUACUAUUGACAAGCAGCUAAAGAAGGAUUUUGUGGAAAGCAUUUCUGCGGGAGGAAUGCUUAUUAAUGAUACCAUUCUACAUGUUACUGUUCCCACCUUACCUUUUGGAGGAGUGGGUGAGAGUGGAAUGGGUUCAUACCAUGGUAAAUUUUCUUUUGCUAGUUUUAGCCACAAAAAGGCUGUUAUGUACCGUAGUUUUGAUGGAGAUACAUCGAUGAGGUACCCACCUUACACAUCUCGACAGCUGAGACUGCUAAGGGCCCUUGUGAAUGGCAACAUAUUUGACAUAAUUCUUGCUUUAAUUGGAAGGUCUAAGGAUUGAAAAGUGUAGUUAAUGUGAAGAAAGUGUUGUGUUGUUUCUGCCAUCUACUUGGUUUACUCGCCCUUGUACUUACUCUUACUAUGAUCAUAGCGAGAAGGCAAUAAGGCAAGAAGGCUUUGAGAAGGAAAAA